AUGGCUACAGUAAUCGACAUGUCGCUGCCGGAGCGCCAGGAAAAAGCCGUCAUGACGACCGUCGAACCCGUCAUCACCGACUCGAGCUCGGCCACCGUCAGCGACGACGAGACCCUGGAAGAUGCGUCUACCUCGUCGCUCGACAAUGGACCGCUCUCCAAGGACCAGCUUGUGCCGGAGACGUUCCCGGAGCUCCUCACUUCGGUAUACCGGCCGUGGGCGAGCAGCCACAGUCUCGACCAGCCGGUCGAUCUCCCGCGCGCCCCAGAUUCCGUGAUCACGGCCGCAUUGCUGGGUGCCUGGGCGCUGCUCCUGAGCCGAUAUUCCUCCCUGACCACCGAGGUGCGGUUUGGCGUCCACCGGGGCUCAACAGCGAAGCCUCGGGCGCUCCAGGUGGCCUGGCAGCCGCAAGCAAGCGUCGGAACGCUGCUCGGGACCGUCCAAAAGCAGCUGCACGAGGCCGAAACACGGACUCCCCCAACUUCGUUGCCACGAACCGUAGUCGCAAUUCACACGGCCAACAACCGACCGUCUCUGCACCAACAUGCUCUCAUUUUGGACAUUCAAUUUACCUCCGAAGUCACCAUUCAUGUCUCGGCUCGCUAUGACCAGCACCUUCUCGACCCUCGCCAGGCCAACCGCAUCGUUUAUCAAUACUCGCAUCUGCUGCGCCAGCUCUGCGACAGGCAUACCACCACCAUUGACACUCUCGACCUCUGCUGCCCUGAAGAUCGAGCGGAGAUUUCCAGCUGGACUCCGCCCAUCCCCACGCCCACACAGACGACGAUUCACAAGAUGGUGCAGGAGUCUUGUCGCAAACGCUGGAACGAGCUGGCCGUGCACGCAUGGGAUGGCGACCUGACCUACGGCGAGCUGGACACGGCUGCCACGAAACUGGCCCAUUACUUGAAGAACGAUCUCCAGCUAGGGCCUGGAAGCCGUGUUCCCUUGACAUUUGAUCGCUCCAAGUUUGUGCCAAUCACCCAACUCGCCGUCCUCAAAGCCGGCGCGGCGUACAUCGGCACCGAGCCCUCGCACCCCAUCGCACGUCUGCAGAAGAUCUUCGACCAAGUCAGUGCGAAAUGCAUCCUAUCAUCCCCAAGCUGGGUAGCCAAGAUGACGGGGGCAGUGGAUACGGUCCUGCCCAUUGACCAGGCCCUGCUGGACUCCCUGCCCGAUCACCAGGUAAGUGACAACCUCCCUACCGUCGCUCACACGGAAACGGCAGUGGUCAUCUUCACCUCUGGAUCCACUGGAACACCCAAAGGCAUCGUCAUGCGGCAUUGCGACCUUGCCUCGGCCAUUGUGGCCCACUCUGCGGGGAUGCAGAUCCCGGCGCGCACAAGGGUCCUGCAGUUCUCCUCGUUCAACUUCGACCACUCUAUCUAUGAAAUCAUGACUGCGCUGAUCGGCGGCUGCAUCGUCUGCAUUCCUACAGAGGAACAGCGCAUGAACAAUCUGACCGGCGUCAUGCGAGCGAUGCACAUCGAAUUCCUCUACGCGACCCCGUCAGUCGCCAAGCUGUUGACCCCAGAUGAAGUGCCGGAGCUGAAGACCCUGUAUCUCGGUGGCGAGGCCAUCUCACAAAGCCUGCUCGAUUUGUGGCUAGAACGGAAGCGUGUCAUUGCAGGCUAUGGGCCCACAGAGGCCGGCAUGUGCGGGUUUUCUGUCUUCUCGCUUGGUGACGCUGCUAGCACGAUCCAUGUCUCGCAGGGUGGAAUGAACUGGGUCGUUGAUCCCGACGACUACAACAAGCUCGUUCCUAUUGGAACCCCUGGAGAACUGCUGCAGGAAGGGCCCAUGGUCGCCGCAGGCUAUCUCAACAACCCCACAGCGACAGCACAAGCGUUCGUCCCGCCGCCGUCAUUUGCGCCAGACAGCAUUUCCCGCUUCUAUAAAAGCGGAGAUCUUGCCCAGUACAACCCGGAUGGGACGUUCAAGUUUAUUGCACGUAUCGACACCCAGGUCAAGAUACGUGGACAGCGGGUGGAACUCGAGGAGAUCGAGGACCAACUGCAGCCGCUGGUUCCAACCGAUCUUGCCUCAUGUGUGGAUGUUGUCCGGCUGCAGGGCACGGUGUCAGAUGCCAUCGCAGUGUUUCUGGCUCCAGACAGGAACAACGAAACAGCCGUCCUGGAUGAGCUUUGUCUCACUUCGUCGAAUGACCCGACUAGUUGGCAACGGCUGACGAUGCGCUUUGCGGCCCAGCUCGCACAGUCGCUCCCAGGAUAUAUGGUCCCGACCAUCUAUAUCCCCUUGUCCAGCAAAUUCCCCAUGACCGCCUCGGGCAAGCUGGAUCGCAAGCAGCUUCGUCAAUUUGCGGCCACACUCAGCCCGCAGCAGCUUGCGGGCUUUCGCACCCCGCAGGCAAGCCUCGCCAUCUCCACGCCCAUGGAGAACCGGCUGUGCGAGCUCUGGCAGCGCGUGCUUGGCAUUUCAGAGCCUCUGGAAGAUGCAGCAGCAAACUUCUUUAGCCUCGGCGGUGACUCCAUCACAGCUAUUCGCCUGGUUUCAGCGUGUCAUGCUGUAGGGCUGGGCCUGACUGUCAAGGCAAUUCUCGCCAAUCCGAUCCUGUCGGACAUGGCCCUUGCAGUCGACGUUCUGAACCCCUCACCUGACCUUGGUCCAGAGCCUUUCCGUUUGGUGAAGGAUAAUGUUGAAGCACUGUGCAAUUAUGCCAGCCAGCAAUGUCAUGUACAGACCGAGGCGAUCCAGGACGUAUUUCCGACGUCUCCACUUCAACAGGCACUCAUGGCAGUCUCAGCCAAGAGCCCGGGCUUGUACGUGGUGCAGAAAGCUUACAAGCUCGCUGGCAUCGAUGUCAAUCGUCUCAUCCAGGCUUGGACUACCGUUGCCCACCAAACCGCGCCUUGUCUCAACACACGAAUCUUCGCAGACGAAGCUGGAGAAUUGUGGCAAGUCGUAGUCCAGCCAGAUCUGCAGUGGAAAACCACAUCUGAAGAGUUGGAAUCCUAUCUUGCUCGUGAUUUGGCCAUUCCAAUGCUUCUGGGCAACCCGCUCGCUCGUUUUGCCAUUGUGGACGACCCAGUCAGUGGUCCUGUAUUUGUUCUGACUCUCCACCAUGCUGUUCAUGAUGCGUGGUCACUUGAUCUGCUCUUGCGAGAUUUCGACCGCGCCUACCAUGGCGAGACUCUGGCGGCUAGCCCCAGCCUCUCUGGCCUUAUCGAGCAUCUCACACAGAUGGAUAUUGACCAUGUCCGCAGAGGAUGGCAGCAGCAACUGGAAUCUGCGCCCCUCACCGUCUUCCCCACUGUGCCUGUGGGCUAUAUCCCCAAACCCAAAGCCUUCUUAGAACAUCACUUUGAACUGCCAUCCACGCUGCAUCAAGUCGAUCCAACCAUCUCGGCGGCCAUCAAAAUCCGGGCCGCAUGGGCGCUACUGCUAGCCAGCUACGUCGGAUCGGACGACGUUGUCUUCACCAACACUAGCAAUGGACGCGGCGCUCCAUUAUCGGGAAUUGAAGAGAUUAAGGCUGCAACGAUCGCCACCGUUCCUAUUCGCGUCAAGUUGCAGCCCGACCAACCUCUACGCAAACUGCUGCAGGACUUGCAGAACCAGGCCGGUGCACUGCUGGAACUGGAGCAGUACGGAAUGCAAAACAUUCGCAGCCUGGGAGAGGACGCACGCAUAGCGUGUGAUGUCCAGUCCCUUCUCCUGGUCGAGUAUGACAAUGCGGACACGCAUUCUCGUCUUCUGCAGGAAGUGCAGCGACGGGAUGGCGUCGCAUUCCAUUCCUUCGCAUUUGGUAUGCGCUGUACAGUUGCUGAUCAGACGGCCAUCACCGUGGAAGUCAACUGGGAUGACAGUCUCUUGACCACAACGCAAGUCGAUCGGAUCAUGAAGCAAAUACAGCAUUCUAUCAAUCUUGUUUUUACUGCAAAUCCUGGCACGAGGAUUCUCGAUCUCGACCUCGUCGGCGCUGCCGAUCUCGACACUAUCAAGCAGUGGAACGCAACUCCGCCGUCCAGAGUGGCAUCGAUGCUGCACCACCGGUUCGAGGAGACUGUCUGCAUGCAUCCUCACAAGACUGCAGUCGACUCCUGGGAUGGUGUGCUCACAUACCAUCAGCUAGACGUGUAUUCUACCCGGCUCGCCCAGUAUCUCCUCAGCUUGGAGACCGCCCCUCACGACGGAGAGCCCGUUCUCAUCUCCUUUGAAAAGUCCAAGUGGGUGGUCGUCGCAAUCCUGGCCGUAAUGAAGGCAGGAGGGGCAUGUGUGAUGCUUGAUCCCACUGUGCCCCAGGAACGUCUGUACCGUGUCAUUCAGCAAGUCCAAGCCCGAACCCUGAUUGCGUCGCCGCUGCAGACAGAGGCCCUUGGCUCUAUCGCACCCACCACGAUAGUCACCGUAUCUACCGACACGAUGGAACAGCAUUGCCAGAAAUUUGAUGAGCCCCGGGCUCCUCACAUGAAGUACGGCUGUCAUGACAGCCUCGCAUUCAUCGUCUUCACUUCCGGUACAACCGGGGAGCCCAAGGGAAUUGAGAUUACCCACGAAGCUGCAUGCACCAGCGUGGAAGCUAUCUCAACUAUUAUGAACAUUGACACGGCCUCCCGCGUCGUCCAAUUUGCACCCCACGCGUUCGAUGCCUUUUUUGGUGAGGUCUUCGCAAUGCUGUUCCGCGGCGGCUGCAUCUGCUGCAUCACCGACGAGGAUCGCAACAACAGCCUCACCGAGACUCUGCGAAACUAUGAUGUCAACUGCGCUUUUCUGACUCCAACCGUGGCAGCAUCCCUCGAGCCCGCCGAGCUUCCUCAGCUCGGAUUCCUGGCGAUGGGCGGCGAGCGCAUGACGGAAGAAUGUACGCGGAAAUGGGGCCACCGUAGCCUGAUGAACGUGUAUGGCCCUGCGGAGUCGACCAUCAUGUGCUCAGCCUUCCGCGGCAUCACAGCCCAAGACGAUGUUGCCAACAUUGGGCGUGCUGUGUCAGGAGCGCGGUUGUGGAUUGCAAAGAAAGGUGACUUCAACUCGCUGGCCCCGAUUGGAACGGUAGGAGAGAUACUUGUCGAGGGUCCCACGCUGGCCAGAGCCUAUCUAAACGACGAGGCCAAAACCCGCCUCGCAUUCGUCAAUGGGCCUCGCUGGACAAUGGACGGAACCCUGGCACAACUCUUUGAAGGACGCGAUCGCCGCUUCUACCGUACAGGGGACAUGGCCCAAUACAACCCCGACGGCACGCUGCAGAUCAUGGGCCGCAACGAUAUGCAGGUGAAGAUCCGUGGACAGCGUGUCGAGCUCGCCGAAGUCCAGAGCCAUCUGCUGCGCCAUCUGCCGGCCGAUGUCCAGGUAGCGGUGGACACGAUCAAAAUGAGCGCAGAUCACAAUGAGCCGCCUACAAAUACCAUUAUUGCCUUCAUUGCGCUUUAUCCUGCUGAUACUACAUUGCCCUGCCAAGUUGCGACUACGACCGAAGCUCGCCUUGAACUCAAGCGUCUGACUGACGGACUGGACGGCAAACUCGCACUCUCUGUGCCCCCAUACAUGAUCCCCAGCAUCUUCCUGCCCAUCACCCGUAUCCCUCAGACGGGUACUAAUAAGACAGACCACAUGGGGCUGCGGAGACUGGUAUCCGGACUAUCGCGCAACGAGCUGAUCUCCUUCUCCCGCGCAGGGAGCAGCCACUCCCCACCGUCCACGCCUGCUGAGAAGCGCAUGCACAAUUUAUGGGUACAAGUGCUGGGUCUACAGCCGGACCAGAUCUUCGUGCAGGAUAACUUCUUCCGACUCGGAGGCGACUCAAUCAGCGCCAUGAAGCUGGUUACACGGGCCGCAGCCUCCCACUGGCGAUUCCAAGUGCUGGAUGUCUUCAAAAAUCCCAUACUGGCCGACUUAGCGCGUGCCGCUACGGACGUGGACGAGGUCACGGAAGAGGUCCUAAAACCGUUCCAGCUGGUGCAGAUGAUCGGCGAGUCCAUUGAGUCCACCCUUGACCAGGCCGUCGAUGUCUUGGGCGUAAGGCGCGAGGACAUCGAGGAUAUAUACCCAAGCACUCCCCUGCAGGACGCGUUGAUGGCCCUGUCAGCCAAGGAACCAGGCACCUACUUUGGUCAGAUGGUCAUCAAACUCUCCAAAACGAUGGAUCUUGAUGAGUGGCGCCGUGCCUGGAUGACCGUCUACAACUGCACGCCGAUGCUCAGGACUUCUGUCUUUCAUAACCCGUCCGGCCGUCUGUUGCAGGCCGUCCUGGGCCCCGCCGAGAGCUGGACGGGCACAUCUGUCACCGACCUGCAGGACUAUCUCUGGCGGGACAAGCGCGCACCGAUCGCCGUGGGCGAGCCCCUGGUGCGAUACGCGCUGGUUGAAGACCCGACUGGCCGUGGAAACCCGCACUUUGUCCUUUCAAUGCAUCGAGCAGCGUACGACGCCUGGUCUUUGCUGCGCAUGGUUGAAGACCUGGAAAAGGUGUUUGUCGGUAUUUCUCUUGAUACCGUCGUCGGGUUUAACACCUUUGUCCAGUCCUUCCUGCAGACCGACCAGCGGCCCCUGGAGCAGUACUGGAAGAGCCAGAUGGAGGAUGCGCCUACGAUGACUUUUCCCAGACUCCCAGACAUCUCCUACCGACCUGCAGCGAAUUCGCACUACACAACCUGUAUCCCAAUCGUCGCACGUCAAUGCGAGUACACUAUUUCCACAUUCAUCCGCGCCGCGUGGGCUCUGCUACUUGCGCGAUACGCCGAUGACACCGACGACGUGGUCUUUGGUGCUAGCUUAAAUGGCCGCUCAGCGCCAGUACAGGGCAUUCAAGCUGUAUUUGGUCCGACCACAGCAGUGGUUCCCGUGCGCGUCAAGAUCAACAAGCAAACCCAGACGGUUGACGACUUCUUGCGCCAAAUCCACGAGCAGGCACAGGAGAUGAUGACCUACGAGCACUACGGCAUCUACAACAUCAGCAAGCUAUCGCCGCAGAUCAAAGCGGCGUGCGACUUCCAGACGCUGCUGAUGAUCCAGACAGAGGCGGAGAAUGCUCCAGACACGACACGGGGCGCUCUCGAUAUGCAGGUGGUCAGCAACUCCUUUGCGGGACCCUUCCACACAUUUUCCAUAAGUCUGGACGUCGUGAUUGGUGCGGAAGACCUUCAGGUGACGGUCGAGUAUGACUCUGAUCUACUGGCUGGAGAGGAGAUUGAGCGUUUGUCUGCGCAGCUUCACCAGGCUUUUGUCUCCUUACACGACCCAGCCCUGGCCCAGACCAAACUCACGGACCUGGAUCUGGUAAGCUCGAGAGAUGUUGCCCAGUUAUCACUUUGGAAUCAGCCACCCCCAACACCGCAGGAUGAUCUGGUGCACUUGACAUUCGCACGGCGAGCAGCUUUGCAGCCUGGCGCGCCGGCUGUCCGCUCGUGGGAAGGGGAACUUACCUAUGCUGAGCUAGAUGCGCAGUCUUCCGCACUGGUGCCAGAGCUGCUCGCCAGAGGGCUGCGACCUGGACUCAAAGUACCCUUAGUGUUUGAAAAGUCAAUCUACACUGUGGUCACAAUGUUGGCGGUGCUUAAGGCUGGAGGCGCCUGUGUGUCGCUCGACCCGGCCCAUCCCCUGGAGCGAUUACGCGGACUGGUCGAGGACGUUGACGCACAGCUGGUUCUGUCGAGUCGCAAAUGGUGUGACAAGGCCCGCCUUCUCAGCAAGUCCACUUUCACCGUUGAUGCAGACAAAAUCGCACAUGCGCUCAGCAAGCACGACCAAGGGGCCGAAUUGACCCUGCCCACCAAGACCGUCAAAUCAACAGAUCCCGCAUUUAUCUUGUUUACGUCAGGCAGCACUGGCAAGCCAAAAGGAAUCUUCAUCAGCCACUCGGCUUUUACGAGCAGCAUUGUUGGACACGGAGAGGUCCUUCGCUAUGGUGGCCCCGGCUCCAACAACCUGCAAUUCACCGCGUAUACAUCCGAUGUCAGCAUUGGGGAGAUCUUCACCUCGCUGUCAGUAGGCGCGUGCGUCUGCAUCCCCUCCGAUGCUGAGCGAAUGAAUGGCUUAGCUGCAGCAAUGGAACGCAUGCAUGUAAAUUGGGCGUUCCUAACCCCCAGCGUGGCCUCAUUGUUGCACCCAUCGGAAUUACGCUCGCUCAAGACACUGCUUUUUGGCGGCGAGACUGCUACAGUUGAGAAUGUCCAGACCUGGGCUCCCGCUGUGUAUCUGAUCAACAGUUUCGGACCCGCCGAGUGCUCGAUCUGGACGCAUUGCAAUCCCGGCAUCCCGUCGACGGCAUCGGGUCACAACAUCGGCUUUGCUCUUGGAUGCAACACUUGGAUCACUGACCCCACUGAUCACAACAAGCUGGCCCCCAUCGGCACUAUCGGUGAACUAAUUGUCGAGGGCCCCAAUGUUGCUGACGGGUAUAUCAACGAGCCGGUCAAGACCGCUGCUGCAUUUAUUGAGCCACCGGCCUGGUUCACCCGGGUCGCUGGUAACCGGCCAGCUGGCAAGCUGUACAAGAUGGGUGACUUGGUGCGAUACCUUCCGAACGGCCAGGUCCACUACGUCGGUCGACGCGACACACAGGUCAAGCUACGAGGGCAGCGUGUUGAACUGGGCGAAAUCGAGCACCGGAUGCGCGAGGCAACGCCAGGCAUCACAGAGGUGGCGGUCGAAAUGGUUCGACCCGCGAAUGGAACUGCACCGCCAAUGCUGAUGGCCUUCCUUAGCGUGGCUACCGAGGUCGAGUACUCCAAGGCCGGCGAGCUCCUGCCGGAAAUUGCAUCUUCCGAGGGCGAGUUGUCGCGAUACAAUGAGGCAAUGAAGGGGGCGAAUGAACACCUCCCUGACAGACUGCCCGUGCAUAUGAUUCCCUCGGCCUAUGUGCCUCUGCGUCUCAUGCCCUUCACUGCAUCGGCCAAGACGGACCGUGGCAAGCUGCAACGACUGGCGCGAACAAUGAGCCUCGAGGACAUCUCCCAGUUUUCGUUGGAGGCGCAUAACAAGAAGAAGACGGUCGAACCGCCAGCGACAGAUAUGGAGCGUCUGCUGCAUGGAUUCUGGAGCCAGGUGCUGAGACUUUCGCCUGAUUCGUUCGGUCGCGACGCUCACUUCUUCCGCAUCUCGGGCGACUCGAUCAUGGCCAUGCGCCUCGUUGCUCUGGCUAGGACGGCCCAUCUCGACCUCACUGUCGAAACCAUUUUCACGCACCCUCUGCUGUCUGCCAUGGCACUCGCCACAACACAGCUGCAAGUGGGCAAUACGUCGGUUCUGGCCCCAUUUGCACUCAUCAGCGACAUCGGAGUGCUCCGCCGCGAGGCCAGCACAAUCUGUCAAAUCCCCGAUAGUCACAUUGAGGAUAUCUACCCGACAACAGCGCUCCAAGAGGGACUGCUUGCCCUUGCACAGAAGGAGAAUGGUUCAUAUAUGGCCCAGUUCGCGUUUGAAAUCCCUGACCGCGUGGACAUGGCUCGUCUGAGGGCGGCAUGGGAGACCGUCUACCAGCAGAUCCCCAUCCUUCGUACCCGGCUCUUCCCCAGCGCGCAGCACGGAACAAUGCAGGUUGUUGUCCAGGGCCAGCUGCGGUGGAGAGGCGGCAAUGACAAGGCAGCGUAUCUCGAAGAGGACCGUCGUGCAGGCAUGAGGAUGGGGCAGCCGCUAUCUCGGUUCGCCAUUGUGGAGGACCGCAUCCUCGUCUUCACGGCCCACCAUGCCAUCUACGACGGCUGGUCUGUGCAGCCCAUCUACCGCCGCGUGGAGGAGAUCUAUCAUGGGCUGAACGCAAAGCCCCCCGUGCAUUUCAACACGUUUAUCCAGCACGUCCGCUCCAUUGACCAGGCGGCUUCCGACGAGUUCUGGAAGUCACAACUGUAUCGCGCUCCACCAGCGGUCUACCCUGCCUCGAUCGUCUCACGGCACCAUCAAUACCAAGAUGCCUUCUUGCAUCUCGACGUGCCCUUCAACAAGAGCGUGGGGACUGAAAUCACCAGGGCAACUCUCGUACGAACAGCGCUGGCCCUGGUGCUGGGGCGAUACUCAGACUUGGACGAUGUUGUUUAUGGGCAGACGACUAGCGGACGUGCAGCCUCCGUCCAUGCGAUCCACGACAUCGCCGGUCCUACUCUGGCAACAACGCCUCUGCGCAUUACGUUCCAGCCUGAGAUGAAGGUGAAGACCCUGCUCGACAACGUCCAACGACAAUCUCUAGCCAUCACAAAGUUCGAGCAGGUGGGUUUGCAAAAUAUUCGCCGUCUUUCAGACGAUGCUAGGGCAGCCUGCAACUUCCAAACACUGCUCGUCAUCCAGAACCCCGAAGACGAGGUCAACCGCAACCAUGCGACGUUCCUGGGAUGUCCAACCGCCAACAAAGACUUCUUUAAGCCUUUCCACACCUAUCCCCUGGUUUUGCAGUGCACAUUCAGACCCACGGGCUACGCACUGGACCUGAACUAUGACGCUGCCCUGGUAUCGGAGUCUCAAGCACGGCGGCUGCUGCAACAAUUCUCAUAUGUGGUUGAGCAGCUUGACGCCAACAUGGGCGACCUUCAGGUCCGAUCACUGGAUAUGAUGGUAGCCGAUGACUACGCCGACAUCCAACGGUUCAAUCAGAUCUCAAUCGAGCCGGUCGAGCGUUGCCUGCACGAGCUGGUCGAGGAAGUGGCAAGCCGGCAGCCAAAUACUGAGGCUAUUGCCUCCUGGGAUGGAAUCCUCUUGUAUGCGGAUUUGGACCGCUUGACUUCCCAUCUCGCCCAUAAGCUUCAUGUCGAGUUGAACAUCAUUCCCGGCUCCAUCGUCCCGAUCUACUUUGAAAAGUCGCUCUGGGCCAUUGUCUCGAUGAUUGGAAUCAUGAAGGCCGGGGCCGCCUAUUGUCCGCUAGACCCCCAUCACCCUCCUGAGCGGCUGCGUGAGAUCCUCAACGACGUCGAGGCGCCGGUGGUGCUGAUGUCGGCGGGAAAUGAGGUCUUAUUCGCCGGACUUGCUGUCCCCACGAUAGUUGUCUCCCGCUCUCUGUUUGACGAGGUGAAUGAGGCCCCUGUGAGUAAUGUUCUAAUCAACCCCUCCCAUCCUGCCUACUGCUUCUUCACCUCCGGCAGCUCUGGCAAACCCAAAGGCGUCAUCACCUCGCAUCGAGCCAUCUCGACCAGCGUUUCGCACCAUGGGCCUUUUGGAUUCGACCGCAAGCCACGCGUUCUCCAGUUCACAGCCUUCACAUUUGAUAUCUCCGUCGUUGAAAUCUUCUCGACACUGGCGCACGGAGGGUGUAUUUGCAUUCCCUCUGAGUAUCAGCGCCUUAGCGAGAUUGUCCCAGUCAUGAACGACUUCAAAGUCAAUCUCGCCAUCUUGACGCCCUCUAUCGCUCGCGUACUCUCACCCGAGCAGCUGCCGCACCUGGACCAGCUCAUCCUCGGUGGCGAGCCCAUUCGAAAGGACCUGAUUGAGCGAUGGGCCGGUAAAGUACGUCUUGUCAAUGGCUACGGAGUCACCGAAGCGGCCGUGUGCAAUAUGAUCUGCGAAAUUCUCAGCCCAGACUUCUCCGAACGCACCAUCGGGACUGCCCUGGCCAGCACCAGCUGGAUUGUGGAUCCCACAGAUCAUCACCGCCUCGUGCCCGUUGGAUCAAGCGGCGAACUUGUCAUCGAGGGCCCCAUCAUUGCCGAUGGCUAUCUGAAAGACCCAGAGAAAACCGCCGCGGCCUUUAUCGAAAACCCCGACUUCCUCACCCGGUUCCCAAAUACAAAGACCGGAUCUUCACCUCGCCGCAUCUACAAAACCGGUGACCUGGUGCGCUAUAAGCCUAAUGGCUGGAUCGACUUCAUCGGCCGCAAGGACACGCAGGUCAAGCUCAAUGGGCUGCGGAUCGAACUAGGUGAGAUUGAGUACCGCGUACGCCUGGCUCUUGGACCCGCGCCAGAAAUGGCCGUCGAGAUUGUGGCUCCCGGAGGAAGAACCGACAAUCAAGCAAUUGCCCUCUUCCUGGCCCCUGGAAACAAUGAAGCGGAGGACAAACAGGACAGCAGCAUUCUUGGCACACUCGACGCCGAUUUGCGCCAGACCCUGCCUUCGUAUAUGAUUCCGACCAUUUGCUACUUCCUCGAUAAGAUGCCACUGUUGGUAUCCGGUAAGGUGGACAGACGCGCGCUCCGUGCCUUUGCCCUAAACGGGACUCCCGUUUCGAUUCAGAAUCAAUCGGCAGUCGAGGCCCUGCAGCCGGUAGAAAGCGAGGCAGAGAUGACUCUCCAAGCGAUGUGGGCACAGCUCCUAUCAGUGGAUCCAGACACGAUCGGCCGCAAUAGCUCCUUUUUCCGCAGCGGUGGUGAUUCGCUGGUGGCUGUGCGGCUGGUGUCGAUGGCCCGAGAGCAAAACAUUCAACUCAGCGUCGCCGCCAUCUUCGACAAUCCAAUCCUAGCCGACAUGGCACACGCCAUGACCACCGCCACGGGUGGUCUUAUUCACGAGCCACCGCCCUUCUCCCUCAUCGACCGCGAGCCGGUAAGCGUCCUGUUGCAAGAGGCAGCCCGUCAAUGUGGCGUGGCUAUCCACGACAUCGAGGACAUGUACCCAACCACUCCACUCCAGGAGGGAAUGAUGGUCGCCUCGAUCCAGGACCAGGGUACCUACAGCGCCCACUUUGUGUACCGCCUAGCCCCCUUCAUGGAUGUUCCCAAGUUCUGCCUCGCCUGGCAAACGGUGAUGCAGCGCGCGUCCGUCACUCGCAUGCGCAUGGCCCAUACGACUGCCUCAGGAUUUGUGCAGGUCAUUCUCCGUCGACCCAUUGAGAUUGAAUUCGUCGCCUCCAAUGACGUCGAGCAGUACAAACGCGACCAGGUUCACCGUCUGAUGGAUCUUGGGCAGCCGUUGUACCGCAUGGCAAUCCUCGGAGAAGGCGGAGAUGGUGGUGCAUCGCGAUACUUUGUGCUGACGAUGCAUCACGCAGCCUACGAUGGGUGGAGUGUCACGAAUCUCUGGCGCAAUGUGCAGGAAGCCUACUACGACAUGAACCAAUCGCCCAUGCUGGGAUCGAACCACCUCAUUCGCUAUCUCCGCGAACAGGGCGAGGAAGACACUCUUGCCUUCUGGAAGAAUUAUCUCGAGCCAGCAGCUCCUCCCUCAUUCCCCCCACUGCCCUCCGUCGGAUAUCGCUCAGUGGCGGACGCAGAGCUCACCUCCAAGAUCCGGUUUUCCAUGCCGUCACAAGGAGACCACACCAUCGCCACCGUCCUGCAGGCAGCCUGGGGCAUGCUGCUGUCGCUGUACGAGGGCUCGCAAAAUGUUACGUUCGGGGUUGUGGUCAGCGGCCGCACGACCCCCAUCCCCAGCAUUGAAAACAUGGUGGGCUCAACCAUUGCCAACUUCCCCUUCCGUGUGGCGUACGAGCGGGACCAGACUGUGGCCGAAUAUCUGGCAAUGAUCAAGAAGAGUACGACCGAUUUGAUUCCAUACCAGCAGGCUGGCUUCCAAAAUAUCCGCAAGGUGAGCCCAGAGGCGCGGGCCGCCUCAGCCCUGCGCACGUUGCUGGUCUUCCAGGCAAUGGGCUCCUCCUCGUUGGAUCUCGAUCUUGGAAUGGGCGUUGAACCGCUGCCAGUUACUGUUGCAGGUCUCUAUACCUUCCCCAUCACUAUGACCUGCUCACAAGAGUCAACUGGCAUCUCCGUCAACGUCUCGUAUGACUCGACCCUGGUGUCGACCGAGGGCAUCCAUCGCAUGCUCGGGCAGUUCGAGCAUCUUCUCGAUUGUUUAGCAAAUCUGCCGACGACUGCACCUAAUACAAAACUGAAGGAUAUUGAUUUAGUCGGUCCGGGAGACAUGCAGCAGAUGGCGACCUGGCACGCCCUGGAUCAAGUGCAACCAAACGAGCGCACGAUCCACUCCAUGGUGCACGACCAGGCUCUCCAGCGGCCUGAUGCACCAGCUGUCUGCUCCUGGGACGGGACAUUAACCUAUGCGGAGAUAGAUGCAUACUCGGACCGUCUGGCGCAGUACCUGGUCAAUCUUGGAGUGCAGCCUGAACAAUUUGUCGGCUUCUCUUUCCACAAGUCCAUCUACAGUAUCGUCGCCAUCCUCGCCAUCUUCAAGGCCGGCGGUAUUUGGACCCCGUUGAACCCGGAUCAUCCCCAGUCACGUCUUGCCUUGCUGCUUAAUCGCGUCUCUGCGUCGGUCCUACUCACCACCCCCGAACUCACGCAUCUUUUUGCGGAAACGGAGUCCAAGAUUAUCAUCGUGACAAUGGAAUCUCUCCAAGCCCUGCCCCCCCUAUCCUCGACCUACGAGGCUCCGACUGUUCUGUCCACAAACGGGGCCUACAUCAUGUUCACUUCCGGCAGCACUGGCUUACCCAAGGGUGUUGUCGUCGAGCACCGCAACGCUUGCUCAGUCCUGCCCUCACAUGCGGCCCUGCAGCGCAAAACUUCCACCUCACGAUAUCUCCAGUUCGCGGCAUUUACCUGGGACUUUUGCGUGGGUGAGAUCUUUGCUAACCUUAUCAGCGGCGGCUGUGUCUGUAUGCCAUCCGAACAUGAUCGUAUGAACGACCUUGCAGGCGCCAUGGAGCGUCUGAAAAUCAAUCAGGCCUCAUUGACGCCCACUGUCGCCAGCCUCCUCUCCCCCAGCACCGUCAAGCUCGAAACGCUGUCGCUGGGCGGCGAGGCCCUGACCCAGGAACUGAUCAACACCUGGGCAGAUGCUGUUCGAUUGAUCAAUGUCUACGGCCCGACUGAGUGUACUGUCUGGUGCACGGGGCAGUCGGGCCUACGUCAUGGCGAUUCCCCCGCUAACAUCGGCCGCGGUCUGAAUUGCUCCAUAUGGAUCGCCGACAGCGAGAACCACAGCCGGCUGAUGCCCAUCGGUGCCGUCGGUGAGAUCGUUGUCGACGGCCCUGUCGUUGCACGAGGAUACUUGCACGACCCCCAGGCAACAAACAAGGCCUUUCUCGAGGCCCCUGCCUGGGCUUUGCAAACCAAUCCCACCCCACGCCGCUUGUACGCCACCGGAGAUCUCGGUCGGUUCGAGCCUGACGGUCGGGUCUACGUCUUGGGUCGGCGGGAUGCGCAGGUCAAACUGAAUGGACAACGCGUAGACCUCGGCGAGAUCGACUUUCAACUACAUCAGCUGAUCGGCGGGUUUGUCUCUCCCUCCUGCGAGGCCGUCAAAUUGGAGAAUAGAGGCCGCCCCGUGCUCAUUGCAUUCGUGCCGGUCGCUAUAACCAGUCCUAGUACACCUUCAGCACCAGCACAAGAGCCCCUUACUCUGCUCUCCAGCGAAGAUGCCCGGGCCCGUCUGGAAAGCCUUGUUAACGGUGUCCAGCGCGGGCUCGCCAAGGUGCUACCGGACUUCAUGAUUCCUCGCAUCUUCGUCCCUGUCAAUCGCAUCCCCACUUCCAGCAAUCUGAAGAUCGACCACAAGGCUCUCCACGCCCUCUGCGCGGGCCUCAGUAUGUCCGAACUAACCAAACUGGCCGUAGCUCCGGGAUCCGGCCAGAUGCAGGAGCCCGCAACAGAACAAGGUCAAGUCUUGCGUGCCCUGUGGGCGCAGGUCUUGGAACUCAGCGAGAGCGAAAUUUCCGGCCAGGACAACUUCUCUGCCAUUGGAGGAGACUCAAUGGGUGCUGUCAAGCUGGUUUCUCUUGCGCGCUCGCAUGGGUUCGCGCUGACCGCAGACAAGAUCCUGCAGAAUCAGGUCCUCGACGAUAUGGCAGCAAUCAUGGAGCCAAUUACAGCGGACGACACGGCGAUCAUUCCUGCGUUCUCACUCGUGCCUCAAGAAAAUUCCGUUGGUGAGGUACUCAAGGAAGCCGCCAGCCUCUGUGGAAUUCUCCCAGAAUCGGUUGAAGACAUCUAUCCCGCCACGCCCGCGCAAAUCGGCUUCCUCACCAUCUCCCUCACGCGUCCAGGCGUGACCUGCCUUAUGACUGCCUUUGAGGCUCCCCCAUCUGUAGACCUUGACCGCCUCAAGGCUGCCUGGGAACGCACCACCAAUGCUCACGCCGUGCUCCGAACGCGCGUUGCCCAGAUGGCCGACGGCAGCUGGAUGCAAGUCGUUCAAAAGCCGGCGCCCGCUACCUGGCGCUCUGCUGCCUCCAUCCCUGAGUACUACGAGCAGGAGCUCCGCGACGCCACCGGACCCGGCACUCCUCUCAGCCGGGCGGGAUACGUGAUUGACCAAGAGACCGGCAAGCGCUACUUCAUCACCACCGCCUGCCACUCGACCUACGAUGCCUGGGCGUACGCUCUACUUUUCGCAACCCUCGAACGGGAGUAUCAGCACGGCGAUGCGAACACCAGCCCCGAAGCCGAGGUUCCCAUGAACCGCUUUGUUCGCUAUCUCGAAAAUCGCGACCAGGACGUUCAGGAUGAGUUCUGGCGUGCCCAGCUUGCUGAUUACACCGCACCCCCUCCGCUCGCCACACCCCCCACCGACCCUAGUCAGUGUGAGGCCAACAGCAUAUGUGAUCUCGAGGUGCAUCUAAACGCAGACCUUGUGCGCCGUGACAUCUCCAUGCCUACAGCCAUUUAUGCCUCUUGGGCGCUAGCCCUGUCUCAGCUUUUGGACGCCCAGGAUGUCACCCUCUUGCUCACUCUGAGCGGACGCAACGCCCCAGUCGCAGAGAUCGAGCGCAUCAUCGGCCCCAUCCUCACCACUGUUCCACUCCGGAUUCGCAUCGAUCCCCGCAAGUCCUUGCAAACCCUGCUGCUUGCCAUCGAAUCUCAGUGCCGCACCAUCAUCGCGCACGAACAGUGCAGCAUCCCACACAUCCGUACCCUCUCACCCUCCGCCCAAGCAGCCUGUGAUCUCGCCUUCGGCCUGACCGUCAACCCAUACAACCACCACAAAGCAGACAUCGGCAGCGGGAUUGGCCUGGUUCGGCCCCUGCGGCUGCCGGUCGCAAACAGUCCCAACCCGUUCUUCCUCGACUGCGCGGUGUCGGACUUUGGAGUCGAUGCCUUUGCUCUCUUCGACGACCGCAUCGUUCCGCGAACCCUGGUCAAGACCUUCUUCGCGCACUUUGAGAACAACCUCAAACAUGCCGUUGAGGGAUCGGGAGAUAUCCUCGUCAAAGACAUUCACAUGCAGCCGGGCCUUUUGGAAGACAAUGGACAGGUCUUGCACAUGGUGACUCAGGCCUCGGGGGUUGGGUAUGACCCUGUCUCCAAAGAGACUAUCAAUGUCUUCGAGGCGUACAAGGAGGGAGGUGUACUGGAACAUGGGUUUAAAGCGUUGGAUGAAAGUGGCCGCGGCAGAGGGCCUAUUAAGAGUCAACAUGGGCAGUAUCUCAAGUAG